AUGAUUAACUCAGUGGAUAUUUCAAAAUUAGAAUUAUUGCUUCAAAAUUUGACUUACGCUAAAAUAGAAAAGGAGGAUUUAAAAAAAUUCAAAGAUAAGAAUAUAAUUAAACUGUUCAAACUUGGUUAGCUGACUGUUGAAUACUUGCUCUAUACCUAGAAAUAUGCAUCAGGAUUUUCACAAGGAAUCGAGAGAGAAUAUCAAUCCAAUUAUGCCAAUGCUUUGUAACUAGAAGGAUAAGUAAAGGAAAAUCAAAUGAAAAUUAAUGAGCUUAAGUCUAAAGUGAAAUAGAGGAAAUAAACAAUCAAAACAUAUGAAAAAUUACUAUAAAAUCCUGCAAAGUCAGCAACAACAGAGGUGUUUAGAUGCCAACUAUGUUUUAAAUACUUUGCAAAUAGCGACUAUCUCACUUCCCACUAUAAAAAGAGACACCGAGAAUAUUAUGAGGAGGAAGUGAGAGAUAAGGAAAAUUAGAUGCUACUUAAUAACUUAAAAUCAAGAGUGGAUCAAGACAGAUUUGAUGAGGAAGAUUUUAUUGUCAAGCUGAAGGAAGAAGUUGUUGAUAAAUUUCAAACUGAUUUUCUAAAGAUUGAAUAAGAGCUCACUAGUCUAAAGAAAACUUCAAAGCUCGAGGAGGUUUAAGAGCUCAUUUUGACAAAUAAAGAAGUAGCUUAAUAGCAUACAGAUGAUGUUUAGGAGACUAUUAAGACUUAUGAAGUUAUGAUCGAGGAAUUUAAACGUGAAGUAGUAACUCAGAUAGCAUCUUAAGAAAAAAAGCUUAUUCAAGAUGUAGAGAAAUAAAUAAAUAAUUACAUUGAAAUAGAGGAGAAGAAAGAAGAUGAAGAAGAUGAUAAAUUUGAAAAAGAACUCAAACUCAAGGAAGAUAUACAGGCCUAAGUGGAGAGAGAAAUGACAAUGAUGUUUGAGGAAAAAUUCAAAAAACUAUAGCAAGAGCUCAAAGAAAAAGAGGAAAGAAUGGAAGAGGCUAAGAGACAGUAUGAAGAUGAACUGAAAAAAGCCUAGGAAGCAGAAAAAGAAAAUCUUGCUAAAUAAUAAGCUUAGAACCAGGAGAUAUUACAGCAGAAAGAGUAAGUAUAAGUUGAAGCAGCAUAAUAGUCAAAAGAAUAGGUUUAGCCUCUAAUACAGCAGAUAUCUCAAGAAUAGCAAUAAUACUUAGAGGAGAUAAAGAAGGCAAGAGAGGAAGAGUAAAUAAAGAUUCAAGAACUUAUAAGAAAACAAGAAGAAUAAUUAAAAGAGCAAGAGAUAUUGAGAGGAUAAGAGGAGGAGAGAAAAAAGAAAAAGAAAGAAGAGAAAGAAAAAGAGAAAUAAGAAAAGGCAUUAAGAAAAGAAUAAGAGAAAAAGAAAUAACAGGAAGAAAAAAAGCUGCUUGAUGAAAGCGCUGAGAUUGAUAAAGGAACAGGAUUGAUAUUCGAAAAAUUUGAGAUUAAAUAUGAUGCAUCUAAGAACGCCUAACCUAAGAAGGUUGUAGGAGGAAAGCAAAGUAGAGCAGGUAUUUUUGAAGAUGAUGAAGAUGAUAUACCAAUUGUAAAAGAGAUUGAAUAUAUACCAUCUCCUGUAAAAGAAAAGAAAAAAGACAAGAAAGAUAAGAAGGACAAAAAGGAUAAAAAAGAUAAAAAAGAUAAGAAAGAAAAAAAAGAGAAGAAGGAUAAAAAGGAUAAAAAGGAUAAGCAUAAAGAUUCGGAUAGUGAAAAAGAGGAAUAAAAGGAAAAACACCAUACUCCAGAAAAAAAGAAGGAUUUAGAUGAAGAUGAUGACCUUUCUGACUUGAUAUAAAAAGACCACAGUGCAUUGAAAACAUCUCCAGAUAAAAAAGAAGAUAAUCCUAUUAAAUCUAAGCUAGACUCUCCCAAUGAAAAGAACAAAGAGAGAUCGAAUUCAGCAGAAAAAAAGAAAAAAGGAAAGCGCCCUAAGUCUGUGAGGCAAAAAUAACUUGAUCAAAUCCAAGAAGAGAUAGAUGAAGAGGAGGAUAGAGAUAUUUCAAGCUAAAUUUCUGCUUCUUCCAUUUCUCAAAUUAAACCUCCAUAACAUGAUCCUGAGACUUUAAGAAGGAUGGAGGGGUUGAGAACAUUGACUUAAGACAAACCUAAGUUCCCUUUCCUUCCACACAAAUAUGAGGGAACAAUCAUCAAUACUUUCUUUAAGCAGCCUUAAUAGGAAUUCGAGUCAAUGAAAGUAAAAGUGAUUUAAAAGAUGAAUGAGCAACUUCGGGCAAUGGGAGUAUUCAAAGGCGCAUCAAAUAUGACAAAGGCUGAAAGUGACUAAAUAAGUUAAAACUGCUUAAAGAAAAUUAAUAAGACGAAGUUGAUUGAAAUUGAUAAAGUUGUAAGCACUCUUAUCAAGCAAAAGAAAAGGAGGGAGGAUAUUAUUAGGCCACGUGAAAUUACAAGUGAAAGUAAAAGUUCUUAAUCUUCAGGAUCUGCUUCUAAGAUACUCGAAGAGUCUAAAACUCAUGACAAAGCGUUGUAAGAAGCAAUAGCCUAGGAUGAUGAUUGGGAUAAGGAUGAUCUAAUUGUAAAAACAAAGCCAAAGCCUCAAUUGAAACCUGAUGAUGAUGAAGAGGAAAAAGAAUUAAUUAGCACUAAGCCUAAAGUAAUAGUAUUAAGCUAAGAGGAAAAGAAAUAAAUUGAAAUGAUCAAACCUCAAAAAAUAAACUUCAAACAACCUGAGGAAAAGAAAAAGGAAGAUAUUCCAAAAGAAAUGAUUAAACCCCAAAAUAAAGUUUUAGAAAUAGAAGAUAUCAUCUCAAUUAAAAAGGAUUAAUAGCCAUAAUCAAAGAAAGAAGAUGUAAAGAAGGCAGAACCCGCUUAAAUGAAAAAAGAAGAGGAAAUGAAAUUGCAAGAGAUGGAUGAUGAAGAAAGAAUCUUAAAGGAAGAUGAAAUUAGGCAAAAGGCAUAAGAACUUCUAAGUAAAAAGAAAUAAGAAGAUGAUUUGGCAAAGAAAAAGUUCGAAGAAGAAUAGAUUUAAAUAAAAUAGAAAUAAGAGGAGGAAGAAUUAAAAUAGAAAUUAUUAUAAGAAGAAGAGAUAAAGAAAAAAAGGAUUGAAGAAUUGGCGAUAGAUUAGUCCUCUCAUAGUAAGGUCUCAUAUUCUAAUUUAAGGAAAUGUCUAAUUUUGGGUGACUCAGGAGUUGGGAAAUCAUCAUUGGUCUGUCAAAUGAGUUAAAACAUCUAAAAACUUAUAAAAAUUAAGGAGACUAUCGCCACAUACUUCUACAAUAUAAUGGAUAAAUUCUAAAUUGUUGAUACCUCAGGGUAAUUAAGUUAACUAAAGGAAAAUACUAUUUUAAUCAAGGAAGCAAGUUGUAUUAUUAUGGCUUUUAACUCGGACAAUGAGUCCACACUUAAUAAUAUUAAAACUCAGUGGUUACCUUUAGUUCAAACUCAGGCUACCAAAGGAACAAAGAAUUCUGGUUUAAUUCUCCUUAACCUGUCAUUUGAUGGGAAAGAAUGCGCAUUUAAUCAUAAAGUAUUCUUAUUUGCAAGAGCAAAUGGCUUAGCAUAAAAAAUCGUUAAUAUAAACUUAAAUGAUCCUGAAUCAGGUAUUAAAAAUCUCAAAACUAUGAUUGAGGCAGCCUUAAGUAAUAAUAAAGAGGAGCCAUUUUCUCAGCCACCUGCGAUAGUGAUCUAGGCUUAAGUGAAGAUUUCUGAAGAGGAGAAGAAAUAGCCAUCUAAAAUUACAAUUACCUCCGAAAAUUAAGGCUCAUCCUUUGAUAAGACUAUCAUAGAAGAAAAAUUAAAUAAAAAUGAAGAGGACAGCAAGAAAAAAACAAUAGAAGCAAAAGAUAAAUCAGAAAUAAGUGAUAGCAAAAAGCUUAAACCAGCUGAUGAUGACUAUGACGAGGAUUUUGAGUGA